CCUGCUGGACUUCAGCCCCUAGCGCAAAAUGGACGGAGAGUGAGCAGCAGUUAUUGCAGGUGGAGAGAAUGAAAAGAAACGAGAGAUUAGCCCUCUCGUCCUUCUCUGUGGCAUCGAUCACAUCUGGGAACAUUGCUCCAACCAGGCAACGUACAUCCUGCCAUCGGCCUGGCUUUGGAGGGAACGCAAGACCUGUGUAUCUCCGAGCUCUCACACUCAGUGACACUCCAGGUGUAGAUGGAGAAGGAGGAUAUUUCUUACUAGAAGACCUCCAUCAGCUGGUCAAGCCGAUCGCAGCUCACAACCAGGUCAGUGGAAGGGACCUCCCCGUCACUGCCCGCAAGCAGAGGCCAGCCCGUCCAAGAUUGGCACCCAACACCCAACAAUCAGCCCUACCUCCAUCCAGAGCCAUCUACCGCUCUGCUUACUCCAGCCCUUUGCGGGGGCCUCCGGGAUUUUCAAGCAAGAUCAAGACGUCUGACUUGACAGGGUGGUCCUCCUCCUUGGGAGACAACCGCAUCAGGAGCAGACAGAUUCAAGUGUCCCAUGCCCUGCAAGACACGUGGAAGAUCCUAAAGGCAGCCAACCGGUCCAAUGUCCACAUCUCCAUGCUGUACCUUGGGACUGGGUCAACGGUUUCCACUCAGAAUCCCAAUCAUCAAGAUGAAGUGAAGGUGUUUCAGCAAAUCUGUGGAGCCGAGAAUAUUUGUGUGUACAAGGGACAUCUCGUUCAUAGAGAACAAUUCCAGUUCGUUUCAAGACGACACUUUGCUUUUCUGUUCAGCGCCACGAUCCACGUGAACGGGCUGGUGGCUGCCCGCAUCAGCUGGUGCUGUGAGCACAAGUACCCUGUUGGCUUCCAGCUGGGAAAGCGAAGCUGCUUCCGUCUGAUGGGCGUUCGAGGAGGAAUACCCUGCCACAGGUGUCUGAAGGCCUGGCCCUACCAAGGACAUGGGAGUAAGCAGACGGCAGAUGUAACGCAGCCUGGGAGAGAGACUGACUUCACCGAACAAGAUGAGAGGUCACAACAAGCCUCCACUCCUCACUCCCAACAGCUGGAAACGUUGGCAAGAUCAGUGCCGGCAAUGUCAAAGUCCAGCUUCCUCAGGAGUGACGUGGGAGAGAACAAGAUGAUGAUGAGUGAUGGUUCCUCCAGCAACUCGAACUAUAAAGCCCCGACCUCAAUGAAGAUUCCAGCCUCUUCAGGAGCGAGGAGAUGGAAAUCAAGCCAGUCUUGUGAUACGGACCAGCAAACCACAAACGUCAAGAGUGCUUACCUCUUCCAUGAUGCUUCGAAUACAAAAAUGUCCUCACAAAUCCUAGGGUUUGACAGCGGAGGUUCGCCCACGGAUGUCUCUAAGGCAGAGCCAGCUGCACGGGCUCGGGUGAAGCUUGCCUCAGCCCUCAAACGUGCUGAGGCCACGUGGCCUGAGGCAGCGCACAGUGUCACGAGUGAGGCCAGUGGAGGCGAAAACUGGAAGGAGAGUGAGAGAGGAAAGAAACCGCCCGCACAUGGAAGGCAACCGACAACGUGUAGGUUUUACAAGUGUGGGAAGCGGGAGAUGUGUUAA